CAAACAGGAGAAAAACCUUAUAGAUGUGAUGUUUAUAGUAAAUCAUUUCCACAGUCACACAUAAGAAUUCAUAUUGGAGAAAAACCUUAUAAAUGUGAUGUUUGUAGUAAAUCAUUUAGUAAGAGUGGAUGUCUGCUGAAUCACAGGAGAAAGCAUACACCAGUAAAACCUUAUAAAUGUGGUGUUUGUAGUAAAUCAUUUAGUAAGAAAAUUAUUCUACAGAAGCACAGAAGAACUCAUCCUGUAGUAAAAUCUUAUAAAUGUGAUGUUUGUAGUAAAUCAUUUUCUAAAGGUUAUAACUUAAAAAAGCACAUCAGAAUUCACACUGGUGAAAAACCAUAUAAAUGUGAUGUUUGUGAUAAAUCAUUCACUCAGAGUAGUAAUCGACAGAAACACAUGAGAAUUCAUACAGGUGAAAAACCUUAUAAAUGUGAUGUUUGUAAUAAAUCAUUUAUUGAUAGUAGUCAUCUACAGUCACACAUGAGAAUUCAUACUGGUGAAAAAUCUUUUAAAUGUGAUGUUUGUAGUAAAUCAUUUACUAUGAGUGGUCAUCUAUAUAGACAUAUUAGAACUCAUACAGGUGAAAGACCUUAUAAAUGUGAUGUUUGUAGUAAAUCAUUUACUGAAAGUAGUCAUCUUUAUACACACAUGAGAAUUCAUACUGGUGAAAAACCUUUUAAAUGUGAUGUUUGUAGUAAAUCAUUUACUCAGUCUGGUCAUUUACAGGACCACAUCAGAAUACAUACAGGUGAAAAACCUUUUAAUUGUGAUGUUUGUAGUAAAUCAUUUUCCACUAGAAGUCAACUACAGGACCACAUCAGAAUACAUACUGGUGAAAAACCUUAUAAAUGUAAUGUUUGUAGUAAAUCAUUUGCUAGCCGUAAUUCUUUACGAAAACACAUGAGAACUCAUACUAGAUAAAAAAACAACCCAGCAAAAUAUAAAUGUGAUUGGUAGCCAUACCAGAUUUUUCUCAUGCAGCUACCACAUGUAGUUUCGUUCUUAUGCAAACUCUUCAGGAUUCAGGUGGAUCACGGGUGGCCAAGUGGGUAAUACGCUGGCUCACUAGCUUUGAGGUCGGUUGUUCGAUCCCUGCAUUGGCCGAGAAAGUUCAUCCAGAUUUUCCGGGGUGUUUCUCCUUGUCAGUGAUGCAGGACAGAGGGCCUGACAAGGACAGCUGUCUAAUCGUUUGGAGAGGACGGAAAACCGAGGUCCCGUGUACACAUUGGCAUGCACGUAAAAGAUCCCUUGACAGUUGGAAUUCGAUAUAAGAGCACACUGUAUGGUGUAUACCCGUCUUUAUUAGCCCAGUUUGGUGUAGAACGUUUAACCCCAAUUAAUUUCUACAGGCUGUUGGGGACCAAAGCAAUUCUGUUUCAUUCAGAGUUGUUGUAAUUGUGUAUGACCAGAAAGUUGGCUAAAGAAUUUAUGUAAUAAAAAUGCUUAUUUAUGUAGAGAUGUUAUAGAUCAAGACAAUAAUACAUUCACAUAUAAAAAUAGAUAACAAUGAACAUACUUGAUCAAAUAUAUAAAUAAAAAUUGUGAUUUAGAUAAAAUUACAUGUGAUUAGAAAUUUAAAUAAAUCUUGAUAAUCUUUAUGAAAGUUGUUUUUUAGGCCAAAAAAAAUGAUGUUCUGUUUCUGGUAACCCAACCGACCCAUUACAAAACCUGCAGACUCAAUUUUUUUUUUAGUGUCAAGAGAAAUAAAAAAAACUUUUUUGUUCAACAAACGACCAUUCAGAAUACGCUUAGCCUACCAUAUUCGUGAAAAUGCCUAUAUUAUUUGUUGCUGUAAAUGAAUAUAAAUGUCAUCGUUCUUUGAAUCGGUAUUUACCGAUCGGAAUAAGCGAGUACUGUACAGCGAUUUAUUAUUAAGAACUGCCAUACUGUUGACGCGAGAUUGCUAACUGACGUGAAAAUCGAGACUACAGGUUUCGUAUAGAUUUACCACUGCUCAUUUCUAAAAGUUAUAAUCCUCACAGCGGUCUUUCUAAUAAGUAACGGCAUGCAAAUUGGACAAAAACAAGUUAACGUAUAUUUCAAACAGGUGAAUAGGAUCUGCUUUGGUAUUUAAAACAAGACAAAUAAAUUUAUUACAGACCUAUUUCGUGCGACGGCACGAUAUGAUUUUUUUAAGUUUUCAUUGCGAGUUCCUU